GGUUUUGUUUUUGUUAUAGCCAGUGCGUUGAUUUAUUGUGAAAAAGCCGCUCAAUUUUCAACGGAUUUAAUUUACGGACGAUACUGAAAAUUGGUUUAAUUGAUCGGCAACACCAGUGUCCGACCAUAGUGCUGAAUUUCGAGGAAUUUCAACAAAAAACAGAAUUCAAAAUGGAUGAACCGUUCUCACUAAUUCGUGAGAGAAUUCUAGAGGCGAUCGACGUGCUGCGACACCGAAAAGCACGACCAGAUAUCACCAGGAUCUCUAAUUUUUUGUUUAGACGAUACCAGGUGGGUUCUGCCGAAGCUAAGGCCGGUCUGGACUGGUGCGUCAAGAAUAAUAUAGUCCUAAGGGUCGAGUACAAGGGCAAUAUCAGCUACAGAAAUGCUGCUAAAAAAAAGGCCUAUUCAGAAAGCCGUAAGCGCAACUCACAGCAGUCUUAUCACCAGAACAUGCAUGUUCUAAGCAAACUAGCAAUUAACAGAGUCUUUAUGGAAUUGUUAACAAAUGUGUUUGGGGAGCUUGUAGUCGAAGAACCAGAUUAUUUGGAAAACGGGGUACCACCUCAAGAAAUCAUGGAAAAGAUUUUAUCAAGGGAGAACGUGACCUAUACAAGAAGACACGCAGCCCUUUUACUAGUUGAAGAAGUCCAGAGAGGAAACUUGGUUAAAUUGGAUAAUGGUAACUUUCUUCUGGGUCCGUGCGAUGAAAAACCUAAACCUGUUCGCAAAAAUCAACGAAUCAAGGCUGCAAGUAACAAUGAACUCGCUCAAGCUAACCCAGGAGCUGCUCAGGUCAAACCGAAAAAGAAGAUGAUGGCCAACAUGCAAGGAGCUGCUCAGGUCAAACCAAAAAAGAAGAUGAUUGCCAACAUGCAAGGAGCUACUCAAGUUAAACCAAAAAAGAAGACGAUUGCCACCGUGCAAAGAGCUACUCAGGUUAAACCAAAAAAGAUGACUGCCAAAGUGCAAAGAGCUACUCAGGUCAAACCGAAAAAGAAGAUGAUUGCCAAGAUGCAAGUUGUAGUUGAUAAGAAUGAAGAUGUUAAUAUGGCUUCUGGCGAUGAUGAGAAACCUUCUGAGGUCGGAAACCAACGUUCUGGACGACGCAAGAAAGCUAAAAAGGUAUUUGAUCCGUCCGACUCACACAUUCCAAAAAAACGUGGCAAACCAACCAUCAAAACGACUUUUAUUAAAAAAACAAAACGCGUUAAACUCUCCAGACCCGAUUCCCCAGAACCUUCCAAAGAUGAUGAGCCCAGACAGAAUUCCUUAGAACCUUCUAAAGAUAAUGACUCCGAUUCGAAAGCAGAUUCCCCAGGAUUAUCCAAAGAUCAUGGCGGAGUGUGCGGUAUAUGUUUCACUCAGAGUAAAAAGGGUCCAGAUGAUAGGAUGGUAGCCUGUGAAGAAUGCAGCUAUAAAGCUCAUUAUGGUUGCCUCAAGAAUGAUGAUAUGGUUGUCGAUAACUUGAAUCCAAAUUAUACUUGGCGGUGUCCUCAUUGCAAAACUUGUCGAAAUUGUUUUGAAACAUCAAACGCAGGAGAUUUGAUUGAGUGUGCUGUGUGUGCUGAUGCCUACCAUGCCACUUGCCACCAACCUGAAAUCACUGACAAAAUUGAGAAAGGACAAAAAUGGUUGUGCGUUUAUUGUCAAGCAACUGAAGAAAUGAAACCCGAUGAUUUUCAAGCUAAUAUUAGCGAGUCUUUUGACUUCGAAAAAAAUAUUACCAAAGCGAGUGGCAACGAAAAUGAUGUGCCACCAAGUUUCCCAUCAAAAUUAGAAUCUGGAUCCUCUUCGCCCUACAAUAGUCCACAAAGAAGUCCCUCACCUCCAUUAUCAAGUUCGAAUCGUGAAUCACAAUCUUCCAUGAAAGAGUCGCAGUCUGAUUCAGGCAGCGACAAGGAUUCGGGCAGCGACAAGGAUUCAGGCAGCGACAAGGAUUCAGAUGAUGAAAACGAAAGUUCUGAUGAUAUGCGCAGUGGAAGUACAACUCCAGACAAUCUUAUUCGAACUCCAGGUCCUGAGAUAGAUCCGUCUAUACCAGAUGCCACAAAUUGGACACCUGAUGAGGUUUAUCAGUACUUUAGGCAAUUUCUUAAAGAAGAGGAAGCUAGAGUUUUCAAGGAUCAGGAAAUUGAUGGACGUAGCUUACUUCUUUUGAGAAGGAUUGAUGUGUUGACUCACUUGAAUUUAAUGCUUGGUCCAGCGCUCAAGGUUUAUCGUCGCCUUACAAUGCUUCAAGUGAGAAGAGAUGAUAGAAGUCUUUACUGGUUGUGAAUAGGGCUUCCUAUAUUCACCCAUCUGUUUUGUAAAUAGUUAUUAGGUAUUAAACUGAUGAUGAUGCAUGUAGUGAGAAAAAUGAAGGCUUUAUUUUUGAAAAAUGAUUUUUUUUUAUAUAAGUAUUUCUUGUUUGUUUCAUUCAUAUUAAUAAUUAUGUGGUUACAUAUAAUUUUUAUUGGAGAUGUAGUUCUUAUUUUUAGAAUAAUAUGGUUCUAAUAAAUUAGUAUUAUUCAACA